AGUUCUAACUGUGUUUAUGUGUGUGGCGACAUUGUCGCAUAUUUAACAAAUAAACUGGAUAACGGCGAACGUAAAAGUGACUUCUCAGCUAGUUUAAGCUUGACGGAUCAAGAAUUUGUUUAUAAUGUUGGAAUAGAUAUUGAAUUAUUUUUAAAAAAGCGUUUGAGCAGUGGUGUGUUGCUCUUUCCACCUGUGAACAAUUAUCGCCGUUAUCUUAUACAUCAAGCAUGUGAGAACUAUCGCCAGCAAUACGAUCUAUUGACAUUUUCCGUGGGGCAAGGGGCACAAAGACGUACUGUCGUCUGUUUUCGCAAUCAACUCAUCGAUCCGCACGGCUUUGAGGCUCGCAAACAGCAGAACCAAACACAACAACAAGCAGUAAAGAGUUGGCGCAGCAACAGCGGCAGAAGCAGCAGCGCCAGCAGAAAACGCGUAACGGAUUUGUGUAAAAUGGGCGUCAAGAAGCACAUUAGCGAUACACCUUUAAGCAAAUCAAACUCUGUGGAUCUCUAUAGGCCUCCUGCGCUUAGAACCAACAGCAGCGAAGAAGCUGCAACGAACGAAACAAUAACAACGACAACAAAUCACACAGAAGCAAUCACAACAACUACCUCCAGCUCAGUGUACGCAGCUGACAAACAGUCGCCGCACAGAGAGCCACAAAUCAACGGUGCUGCAGCAGCGUCAACUCGUCGCGAACGACGUCCAGACCGCGCUGUUUAUGUGCCAAGGGCACGACGCAGUCAGACAACACCGCCAACGACGUCGACGUCAACGUCAACAACAGCAACAGCAUUGUUAAUGCCAGCGCCAGCGCCAACAGAGGCAGCACCAAUGGCUGCGACUACGUGCAAUCUACAGAGCGAGCCGCAAGCGCUGGAAACUCCAGUUGUUGAUGCAAGCUCGUUGAAGCCAGACGAUAGCAACGGCCAGCAAACUAAACCGAAAAAGAGUAAACCUCGUAAGGAGCGCAUCAAGAAAACGAACGGUAAACCCACUGAGGGAGCUACUUUACUUGUGAUUGCGCCCAGUGAAACUGAAGCAGACCAAGAACCACUUCCACCGCCAGACAACAAUAGCGACUGUGAUAAGGAGAUGAUGGGCGGAGCCCAACGUCAACGCAAUGGCGCCUCUAAGCAGAAGCUGACAGCAAUGCGCAUUGAGGAUGUGGCCGCGCCGAACUCCGCAGGUGCAACUACAGCUACUGAUGAUGCUAACAAAUGUGAUAACGAAGUGCGCGAGCUGCAACGUGCCUCCAAGGAAAUCAAUCGCAGCAAUCGUCGCAUUAUGAAACAAACUUUUGUGUCCGAUGUGCUUGAAAUACCUGAAAAGAUUGAAACUGUGCCCACGGCCAAAACUGUAGGGGCUACAGCAGCAGCAACUUCAAUAACAGCAGGUGCUGCUCAGCUACCGCCUGCUGACAGCACCACUGAGGAUGAUGAUGAGGAGGAGAAUGAGGAUGAUUGGGAGAACAUGUUCGACGAAAGCGGAGACUGCUUGGAUCCCAAGAUACUAGAAGAACUCACGGAGUCUGUGGGCAAAUGCAAAAUCGAAUUGCCUCAAAUGGACUAUAGUUUAUACCACAUAAAACAAUCACUGCUUAACGAGGAGGAGUUCCCACAUGUACUUGAGGUGUCAAAUUUUCCAGUUGAAUUCAAGACACCGGACUUGCUUAUGCUCUUCUCGCAGUACAAAAGCAGUGGCUUUGAUAUAAAAUGGGUCGACGAUACUCAUGCCUUGGCUGUGUUUAGCAGUUCCCGUAUUGCUGCUGAGGUGCUAACCAUGGGACAUCCAUUUGUCAAACUGAAGCCAUUAGCAGAGGCCACUCUUGAAUCGCGUUUAAAGGCAAAGAAAGCUGGUGCUGUGUCGAUGCAACCUUAUCGUCAGCGUCCGGAAACCUGUACAGCCAUGGCACGUCGUUUGGUGUCUGGCGCCUUGGGCGUCAAGCUACCCACAGCACCAGAAGAACGUGAAAACGAACGUCGAGUACUGCGUCAAGCCAAAGAACGCAAACUUUUAGCUGCCAAACAGCGCGAUGAAGUGUGGGAGAGCUAGGUCAGGAAGCCGGCUGUAAGAUGCAUUUUUUGCCGGCAUGCUAAACACAUGUCGCCAACACCUCUCACAAUACUUUCUCAAUCAAAGCUAGUAACUGAAAUUUAAUUACAUAUACAUAUAUAGUUUCAAUGCUAAUUUAUGUAUGUUAAAUAUUUUCGCAAUAAUGUGCAAUUUUGCACUGACAGUUUUUUGUGCUCAAUUUG